AUGCGCAGCGUUACAAUAAACGUGCAUAACAUUCGAGAUCGACGAAAAUACGUGAACAUCAAGCUCAACGGCAGCCAGGUGCGUCUGCAACUCGAUACGGGAUCCGACAUUUCCGUAAUAAGUCGUGACCUAUGGAAAAAGAUUGGUAGCCCACAACUUACACCACCAUCUGUAAUUGCGAAAUCGGCUUCGGGUGAUAAACUUGGAAUUCUAGGAGAAUUCGAAGCAAACGUAGAGGUUUCUCAAAAGAAGCGUCAAGCCGUCAUUUACGUCGUAGAAUCUGAGCUGGCACUACUAGGCACUGAUCUCGCUGAAAUUUUCUCGCUAUGGUCGUCUCCCAUCGAUGAGUUUUGCAAUAACAUCUCAAGCGCAACGAUUGCACCAGAAGCGAUUUUAAGAAAAUUUCCAUUGCUUUUUCAACCUUGCAUGGGGAUAUGCACAAAAGCUGCCAUCACGCUGCAUCUGAAACCCGAUGGCCGUCCUGUGUUUUCACCUAAGCGCCCCGUGGCCUUCGCGAUGCGUGAAGCAGUAGAAGCCGAGCUGGACAGAUUGCAGAAAUUGAACGUGAUAACUCCCGUGGAGUACUCUGAGUGGGCAGCCCCGAUCGUCGUCGUGCGGAAAUCGAACGGCAAAUUGAGAAUUUGUGGAGAUUACUCAACCGGCCUGAACGCAGCCCUCCAUCCACACGACUACCCAUUGCCACUCCCGGAGGACAUCUUCGCAAAACUGGGUAAAUCAACCAUUUUUAGCCAAAUUGAUUUAUCCGAUGCUUUUCUGCAGGUCCCAAUCGCUGAGCAAAGCCGACAGAUGCUCACAAUAAACACACAUAAAGGGUUAUAUCUAUACAAUCGCCUGCCGCCAGGGAUUAAAGUAGCGCCAGGUGCCUUCCAACAACUCAUGGACCAAAUGCUCGCUGGAAUGGAAGGAGUUUCAUGUUAUAUGGACGACAUAAUCGUCGGAGGACGGACUCAGAACGAGCACGACGAACUCCUCAGUGAAACCCUCAAGCGCAUUCAAGAAUACGGUUUCACAAUACGCUCAGACAAAUGCUCUUUUAACAAAAACCAAGUGCGGUACCUUGGUCACAUCAUCGAUAAGCAUGGCAUCCAACCCGAUCCAGCAAAAGUAGCGGUCAUAAAAGAUCUUCCUCCUCCACACGACAUCGCCGGCGUUAGAUCAUUUCUAGGCGCCAUAAACUAUUAUGGAAGAUUCAUUCCAAACAUGCGAAGCCUGCGCUACCCAUUGGAUAAUCUUUUAAAAAACGACACUACCUUCAAUUGGUCCCCAGAAUGUCAAAAGGUGUUUGAGCAGUUCAAGUCGCUACUAGCUACAGAUCUCCUGCUAACGCAUUAUGAUCCAGGACGAGAGAUCAUAGUAUCUGCUGAUGCGUCAUCCGUUGGUUUAGGUGCAACCAUCAGUCACAAGUUCCCCGACGGAAGCUACAAAGUGGUCCAACAUGCAUCUCGCGCUUUAACGGAGGCAGAAACAAACUACAGCCAAAUUGACCGUGAAGGCCUGGCUAUAAUAUUCGCUGUGACGAAGUUUCACAAAUACAUCUUUGGACGUCAUUUCUGCCUUCAAACGGACCAUAAGCCACUACUAAGAAUCUUUGGAAGUAAGAAGGGCAUUCCAAUAUACACCGCAAAUCGUUUACAGAGAUUUGCUCUAACCCUUCAGUUGUACGAUUUUGACAUACAGUAUGUAUCCACGCAUAAUUUUGGUAAUGCAGACAUCUUAUCACGGCUCAUAAAACGACAUGACAAGCUCAACGAAGACUAUAUCAUCGCUAGCAUCAGUUUAGAGGACGACAUUCGAUCAGUUGCAGUUAAUUCGUUAACCCCAUUUGUUCUGAGUUUCCGAGAAGUAGAGAAUGCAACAAAAACGGACCCGGUUCUACAAAAGGUUGCUCGGUAUAUAAAGGAAGGAUGGCCACGAAACAGCAUUUUCAAUGGUGAUCUGGCACGUUUCUACGCCAGAAAAGACGCACUAUCUAUAGUGGACAACGGUAUUUUAUUCGGGGAGAGAGUGAUAAUCCCUACAGCUCUCCGUCAAAGAUGCCUUCGCCAAUUACACCAUGGCCACCCAGGUGUACAACGCAUGAAAUCGUUGGCGAGAAGUUACGUCUAUUGGCCGUAUUUGGACAAAGAAAUUACAGAACUUGUUGCAAAUUGCGGAGCCUGUGCAGCUGCAGCCAAAUCGCCGCCGCACUCCAUUCCUGCGCCAUGGAAUGAAGCAACUGCCCCAUGGCAACGAGUGCACAUCGAUUAUGCAGGCCCUAUCGACGGUUAUUCUUUCUUGAUAGCAGUCGACUCUUUCUCUAAAUGGCCUGAGAUAAUACGGACAGCCAGCACAACGUCUACAGCGACUGUACGCAUUUUACGGAGCCUGUUUUCUCGCUAUGGCAACCCAAUCACUUUGGUCAGCGACAAUGGCCGUCAGUUUAUUAGUGCUGAGUUUGAGGACUUUUGUACCACAAAUGGAAUAGAUCAUCUUACUACCGCCCCGUUCCACCCGCAGUCCAAUGGCCAAGCGGAAAGGUUUGUGGACACCUUUAAACGGGCGAUAAAGAAGAUUUCGAGUGACGGAACUACCAUCGAGGAUGCACUUGAAAUAUUUUUGGGAACCUACCGUUCUACGCCGAACCCUCAAGUUCCAGAACAAAAAGCACCAGCAACGAUUAUGUUUGGGAGACAAAUCCGUACGUGUUUAGAGUUGAUACGUCCAGUUCCUAGAUCUGAAGUCAAAGAUAAUAUCGAGCCACAUCGCAGUUUCGUUCGAGAUGAUCUUGUUUAUGCUAAACUUUACGCACGAAAUGGCUGGAAAUGGAUCCCAGGCAGGGUGAUAAGCAAAUGCGGAAACGUAAUGUAUAGUGUAAUGACAAAUGACCAGAAGAUAAUACGCAGUCAUAUUAACCAACUUCGGCGACGAACCGCAGAUAAUACUAACUCGAUGGAGCAACGUCUUUUACCUAUGGACAUCUUGCUGGACGCAUGGAACCUGCCAUCAUCAUCGGUCGCAGCAUCCACAGCGCAAUCAUUUUCGGGUGACCCGAUAUCGCAACCAUCCGGUUCGUGUUCAAACACGCCAAAUUCAUCAACCCCGCCGGCUACACCCAUACCUUCAUCAUCGGUUCCCAUGGACGCAGCGGUACCAUCUUCGUCCCAACCUGUCGAACCACACAGCCCCUCAUCCCCGUCCAACAGGAGCGGCCACCAGCAAGGAUCGUGUGAGACGGAACAGCAGUUACCGCCACGCCACUCCUCUAGAGAUAGAAGAGCUCCGCGUUGGCUCGACCCGUACCUGUUAUCUUAAAAGGGGGAGAUGUUGUGUUGAGCACCCCUGCAGCAUCCGAGGCGAUCCCCGAGGCACUCACCGAUAAUCUAGCGUUAUCGUGUAGAUGAGUGGCCACCGUUCGGAUCGUAGUCGCAUGGACCGAAGCGACACUCGACCAUUCCCCCACGCUCACGACGGACGUACAUUCUUGCUAGUGUUUCGUUUCCUUGCUGAUCUCUUGUUAAUAAAAGUGGUUCUACCAAAUUACGUACAUAACAAUAAUGAUCACAAACUAACAUUUCGCUAAGCCCUUGCUUUUGUAAAUUACAAUUUUUCU